AUGGAUAUCGAAAAUGUUUACUUAAUCCCUCAUUCAUCGAAACCUGUCAAUGAAUAUUUCAAUCCAAAAUUAUUAACAGGUCUAUAUCCAACUUUAUUCUGUUAUGGACGUGGAGCACCUGAAGAUCAAUCACGUCCAGUUCAGAUAAAAUUAAAAGAACACAUACGUUAUCUAUUAUCUUACAACGAUCGUCGUUUUGAAACAAAUCACAGUUUUCUAUUUGUGGUCUUCAAUUUAUUACAACGCCGUGAUGCCUGCGUUCAUGCUCAAUUAAUAGCAACAAAACCUUAUUUUCAAGCAUCUGCUGAUGAAAUUCUAUCUUUGAAUAGUAAAGAUAUUGAAACAGCCCUUGACAACAAUUCUAAAAGAACAUACAAUUCAGAAUCAAACAAUGCAUUAAACAAACUGCUGCAAUAUAUUAAAACUGUUGGUGGUCGAGUUAUGGGUUCAGCAUAUUCACGAACGGCUUUACGUACCCGAAUUCAUGCACUUAUCUGUAACCAAGGGCUGCCCAGCAUAUUUCUUACUUUAAAUCCAGCCGAUAUCCACAGUCCCGUAGCAUUAUACUUUGCGGGCGUUAAACUUAAUCUAGACAAUAUCCAAAACGAACAACUUAUGGAUACUUACAAAAGAGCUGAAAUUAUAGCAUCUCAUCCAGUUGCUACUGCAAAAUUUUUUCAUUUAUUGAUUUCCAAUAUCUUAAAUACAAUGAUUAUUGGUGGUGUUCUUGGACCAAUAAAGGCUUAUUUCGGUACUGUUGAAAGUCAAGGCCGAGGUUCACUUCAUUUGUAUCUCCUUAUUUGGCUUGACCAUGAUAUGAAACCAGCCGAUAUGAAAGAAAAAAUUCAAGAUGUCAAUUUUCGUGAUAAGUUAAAAGCAUACUUAGAAGACAUCAUCAAAGAAGACUCAGAUGAAUUCAAGGACAAACAAGUCUUUGAGAAUUUAAACGUGCCAAGAUCAUUCGAUACUCCUCCACGAUUAUCACAAGAUAAUAUCUAUGCGGCUUUACGUACUAUUGAUUUAACAGGUCUAGCCGAAAAUAUAAAUAAAUCUCCUGUUUGGUCGACACCAAUCAAGCAACAACUUUCUCCAUCAAUUCCUUAUGCUUCUCCAUUAUUGAAUAAAUCGUUACAGACACCAACACAUGAUCGACCAACAUCUAUUAUGAAUGUUUUACACAAUCAAUCAAACAUAAAUCCAGCUUGCUUACCUACUCCAAAUCCAUCAUCGCCUAAUUUUGCAGCACGCUUUCGUGCAGAUGUGGUACAACUUGUGGAAACAGACAACAAGCACAAGCAUACUGACACAUGUUACAAGUAUUGUGAUCCUAAACAAGGUGACAAGAAAAUUUGUCGAUUGCUUAUGCCACGCAAAUUGGUGCCAGUCUCGACAAUUGAUCCUGAUACUGGCCGUAUUUCUAUGCGACGAUCAGAUCCAUGGAUCAAUAAUUUUAAUGAAUACCUUAUUGCGGCUUGUCGGUCCAACAUGGAUAUUAAAUUUAUUUGGAGUGGUAGCGAUGCAAAAGCUCUUGUUUAUUAUAUUACCGAUUAUGUAACAAAAAUGAGCCUCUCUUUUCAUGAUACAUUUGCUCUUGUACAAAAAAGUAUUACAUCAAUUAUGAAUUCAUCGCAUCAAACAGACAAAGAAGAUGCAAUUGAAAAAUCACGGAAGCUCGUUUUACGAUGUUACAAUACACUUGCUUCUCAACAAGAACUAUCUGGAGUUCAAGUUGCUUCUUAUCUCAUGAACUGGGAUGAUCAUUACACAACACACAAGUUUCAAGGUCUUUAUCUAAUUCAAACCGAACGGUAUUUGCAAAUGCAGUUGAAUGAAAUACGCUCCAAACAAAAAUCCGAAAGUUCAAUGCAAGAUGUAAUUGACGAUAAUGUAUAUGAUGAUGAAGCUAUUGAUAAUGAUAACAAUGACGAAGAACAUUUUCAAAUUCAAUCGACUGAAAACGAUAAAAAAUAUGUACUCGUUAAUACAAGAAUUGAUUAUCAAUAUCGCUCCGAUAUUCUCAACAACAUAUGUUUAUAUGAUUUUGUCAGCACAUUAUAUAAGAAAAAAAUGAACGCAACAGAUCUGAAAUAUUUAUCCAAGACUGCAGCAUUGGUCGAAGAGAAUAUUAAUCAAAAAGGCCGACCACCCAAUGAACGCUAUCCCUUCCAAAAACAGCACCCACAAAUGACAACACAUCUAUUGAUGAAAUACAGUGAACAUCAUGUACCUAUUCUGUAUGGUCCACAAAUUCCUCGACGGGAUCGUGACGAUACUCAAGAACGAUAUAGUCGAGCUCUUCUCACACUUUUCGUACCUUGGCGCACCGUUACUGAUCUUUGUGGUGCCAAUCAAAUAUGGGAAGAUGCUUUUAAAUCUCGACAAAAUCGUAUUUCUAUUCAUUCAUGGAAGAUCAUAGAAAAUAUUCAGCUUUUACAUGAAUGUAAAAAAGAUCGCGACGAGCAUUUACUCCAAGUUAUUGCUGAAGCGCAAACUGAUAAUGAUGCAAUCGAUCCUGUUCUUUUACCUACAAAUCAAGAUAUUGAUGGUGAAUAUGAUAUGAACGAUAGUGAAGACUUAUUAGAAUUACUAGGCAAUAUAGAUGAACACACAACUGUAGCAAUUAAUACCACCAAAAAAUCAACAGAAGAUAAAUAUAUUGAAGAAACUAUUGAAGCAGUCAAAAAUGUCGGACGAUUUAGUCAUAUAAAUACUCAUUAUCAAUCUUCUUCAAAUGAAUCUAUUGAUUAUGUGAAUCAACAACUUGUACCGUUCGUUUCUGCGACACCAAAUCUUAUUCGAUUAAAUACAAAAUGGCAAGAACAAUUGAAGACUGAAAAAGAACGAGUCAGAAAAAGUUUAAUUACAGGCAACUACGGCAAUGCAGAUGAUACAUUAGAUUUACAUGCUGCAAAAGAUGCUGUUGUACCAGUGGAAUUGAAGUAUACAGUAUUUUCAGGUGAUAAUAAUGGUCAACUUAUAAUGUGCAUACCUGGAUGUGGCGGUACAGGCAAAUCACAACUUAUUCGUGCUCUCAGCAAAUACUUUCUUGUUACGAAAAGAAUGCAAAUGAUGCGAAAGCUUGCACCCACUGGAAUUGCUGCUGCUGAAAUAGGUGGUAUGACAAUUCAUUCAUUUUUGGGUGAACAACGUAAUUCCGGAAAGCCACGAACUAUCAAGCCAGGUGAUUUAAAACUCGAAAAAGAAUGGAGACUCGUCGAAUACUUAUUAAUCGAUGAAAUGAGUAUGGUUGGUUUAAAUUUACUGGCAAAACUCAAUCGAAUCAUUUGCUCUGCAAAACAUGUCGAUCCACAGGUGCCAUUUGGCGGUGUAAAUGUUAUCUUUUUCGGUGACUAUUUACAAUAUCGGCCUGUUUAUGAUGCACCAUUGCAUACCGAUUUUUCAUUACCAUCCAAAAAGAAAUCGGGUAAACUACCCACAGAAAAAGAAAUUCGACAACGUGUUGCACGUUCUUUAAUUCUUCAAAUUAAUUGUGUGGCACCGAUUCUUGUGUUUCAAAAUGAAGUACGAACGCAAUUGAACAACAAAGCAGCAAUUCACAAGGCAGCAGAAAUGGGACAAGCACCAAUUGUAUGUGUCGCUCAGGACACUUGCAAAGGCAAACCAAUUGAAGAUCCGACACUCGUUAAAAAGCUGCUAGAAUUAUCCGAUAGCAAAACAGAGCAUCUACCAGGUUUGUUACCUCUUGUUCCUGGAAUGCCUGUUAUUUUAACACAAAACGUUGCUAUUGAAUUGGGUCUUAUUAAUGGAAUGAAUGGAAUCUUUCGACAACUGGUCUACGAAGAAGAUUUUGUGUCAACAGAAGUUCUUUCGGAAACAUUUCCAAACAACACACAAUACAUUCAUAAACCUUCAUAUGCAUUAGUUGAAAUUGUCAAAUCGAAGAUUGAAUGUAAUCUUGAACAACUUCAAUCAAAUCUCGUUCCAAUACCAUCAAAAUCAAAUCAAAAGGCAAUUUUAUCGAUUAAGCGACGUGCAUUACCACUUGUACCUGCUUAUUGUAUUACGACACAUAAACGUCAAGGUCAAACUUUGAAUAAAGUUGUAAUCGAUUUAAAAUUGCCAAAUGAAAAUGAUGAUAUUGCUGCAAUUUAUGUACCUUUGUCACGUGUUAAACACUUAGCCGAUCUGAUCAUUUUGCGACAUUUUGAUUACAAGGUUUUAUUAAUCAAACCAAGCUGUCCAAGUCAAUUGAAUAUCCCAAAUCCACUAGUAACUGACAAGUAUAAUAUCGAAAAUACAGUUAAACAUAAUUUAAAUUGUGAAUUACAAUCAUCAAGCAUUCCAAUGAACUCGUGGAAUAAUUGUGAUACAUCAUUAAAUCAAAAUUAUUUGACGCAAAUGAUGCAAUCACUUUCAACAGCUGUCAGAAAAUUAGAACAAACAGAUGCAAAAAUUGAAUCGGUUCUUCUUCGACAAGAACAGAAGAUUGAUUUAAUUUUGACAAUACUUCAACAGAUUGUACCAUCACAUACAUUAGAUAAUCAAAGCAAUCAACAAUGUGUUCAGUCAGGACCAGAAAAACAUAGUAUGAUUUAUUGA